UCUUCACUGAUCUCUUUUCAGGGUAGUUUUAGUAACAAGGACUCUGUUCUUGUUCUGAGCUUCUGUUUCAUGGCCGAUAACGUCACUCCUGCUGCCCCAGCUGCUACUGCUCCUCCUCCCGUUCUUCCACCGACUGCAGCUUCACAGCCUUCGUUUCGUCGUGGUUUCGUGAAGCAAGUGCUGUCGGGAGAUGCAGUAGUCCUUCAAGGCCAGCCAACCAAUGGACCUCCACCCGAGACCACCGUCUAUCUGAGUAACGUUAUCGCACCUCGACUUGGCAAACGUCCUACUGAGACAACGGCAGCUACAGUCGAUGAGCCAUUCGCUUGGGAUUCACGUGAGUUCCUUCGUAAGAAACUGGUCGGGCAUGUAGUUACUUUUGUGAAGGAGUACACCGCUGCUUCCGGACGAGACCAUGGAAAAGUCUACCUCGGAGGCACUAAUCCUGAUAAUGCUGAAAACGUCACGGAGACAGGAGUGUCAGAAGGAUGGCUCGAAGUCAGGCCCGGAAAGAUAGCUGAUGAAUACGUCACGAAACUUCUUGAAUUACAAGAUCAAGCAAAAGCUUCUGGGAAGGGAAAGUGGGGUAGCUCAAGCAGUUCGAUACGAGAAGUCAAGUGGGUGAUAGAGAACCCCAGAGAGCUCGUUGAUCACUACAAGCAGAAACCGGUUGAUGCUGUCGUUGAAAUGUAUAUAACGCUGCAACUUUCGGGAGUCAGAGCACCAGCAACUAGAGCUGGAACGGACGGAAAGGCUGAAGCUUUUGCUGAAGAGGCUAAAUACUUUGUAGAGCAAAGGCUUUUGCAGCAAGAUGUUCAGGUUAUACUAGAAUCCACUUCUAAUCAAAACCUAGUCGGAUCUGUGCUUCAUCCGAAGGGCAAUAUUGCAGAGUCCCUACUACGCGAGGGUUAUGCGAAAUGUGUCGACUGGAGCAUAGGACUAUGCACUGGUGGAGCUGAGCGCCUGCGUGCAGCCGAAAAACAAGCAAAGGAGAAGAAGCUGCGGCUGUGGAGGAGCUAUCAACCCUCAGCAGCCAGCGCGUUGAGCGGCGACAAAAAGGCAUUCACUGGAAAGGUCGUGGAGGUCGUCAUGUCCGAUGCUAUAGUUGUUCGCAAAGCAGACGGAUCUGAAGUGAAAGUCCAUCUUGCCUCUGUGAGACUGCCAAGAGAUUCCGAUGAAAAACCGUCUGUAGGCCGCCAGUUCAGACCUUUGUAUGAUAUUCCUUUUAUGUUCCAAGCUAGGGAGUUUCUUCGUAAGAGGCUCAUCGGGAAGAACGUCAAUGUUACGGUUGACUACAUACAACCAAAAUCAGAACAGUUCCCUGAGAAGACUUGUUGUACUGUGAAAAUUGGUGAACUCAAUAUCGCUGAAGCACUAAUCCUCAAGGGCCUUAGCAAGGUUGUGCGACAUCGAUCUGACGACGAGAAUAGGUCUUCAGAGUACGAUGCUCUGCUCGCCGCGGAAGCUAAUGCGGAGAAAAGCAAAAAGGGAUUGUUUGCUGACAAGACUGCUGACAAGAAGGACACGCUUCGGAUACAAGAAUUACAGGGAGAUCUCGCAAGGAGUAAACAGUUCCUCCCAUAUUUGCAGAGAAGUACAAGAGCGGAGGGUGUGGUAGAGUUCAUCGCUAGUGGCUCAAGACUUAGGAUUUACAUCCCUAAGGAAACAGUUGUUAUCACAUUCCUUCUUGGAGGCAUUAGUUGUCCCAAGAGUGGUCGACCUGGUCCAGGAGGUGUUACGGGCCCAUCGGAACCCUUUGCAGAUGAAGCGGCCGCUUUUACACGACGUUUGGUACUUCAACAUGAAGUUGAGAUUGAAGUGGAAGGUCUAGAUAAAAUGGGCAACUUCAUUGGUUACUUGUUUACCGUCCCGGAGGGCGGCGGCAAGCCCCAGAAUCUUUCCGAAUUGCUGCUAGAACAAGGCUUGGCCACCCUCCAUUUCACUGCCGAAAAGAGUCCCCACUACCAUCAGCUCGCUGCAGCGGAACAGCGUGCUAAAGCUGCUAACCGAAACAUCUGGCAAAAUUACAAGGAAGAGGAAGUGGUGCCAGAUGAAGUGGUUGCUCAGCAGAACGAUGCCACUGAAAGAAAGGUCAACUACAAAAAAGUGGCAGUAACGGACAUAACUAAAGGUACCCUCAACUUUGCUGCGCAAUUAGUUGAAGAUGGGCCAAAGUUGGAGAAGAUGACAGCAGACUUGCGGGAGCAGCUGCGUCAACAUCCACCUAUGACUGGAGCCUUUAAUCCCAAGCGUGGUGAUAUAUGUGCCGCACCUUUCUCUGUGGAUGGUUUGUGGUAUCGCGCCAAGGUAGAAAGCGUUCGAUCUGGCCAAGCUGAAGUUGUCUUCAUUGAUUACGGAAACCGCGAAACUGUAGCUGCGUCUUCGUUAGCACAGCUUCCUGCUGGAUUCGCUCAUUUUCCCGCUGGUGCAAGGGAGUACGGAGUUGCUUUGGUUGCGAUACCUAAUGACAAAGAGUAUGGCUUGCAGUGUGAAGAUGCACUCCAACAGCUUUUGUUCUCCGUUCCUACUGCAGAAAUUAAUGUUGAAUACAAAAUAGGCACCGUUGAAUAUUGUCAGGUGAUGAUUGAGUGUGCAGGAAAGAAAGUUGAUGUUGGGAAAGCACUCAUUGAAGACGGAUUCGCGCUUGUCGAGAAGAGGAAAGAAAAAAGACUCCAGAGCAUGUUGAGUGAAUACGAAAAUGCAGAACAGAAAGCUCGUCGUGAAAGAAAGAACAUCUGGGAGUUCGGAGACUUCACCGGAAAUGACCUUUGAAUCUAGAUUACAAUUAUAUUCUCUUAUGACUGCACUCUGCUUUCGCGCAGAUGUGUCAGUCCUUCGAUCGUUUCUCAGUCUUUUGCUUGUGAUAUUAUUUAUGUCUUAACGAAGCCUAGGCUUGCAUGGUGAUAAGUCCAUUUUCUUGUAUAUUAACCGUUGUGCUGUUUAAUUUAUUAAUAUAAGGGUCUUAUCUUAUGGUUAAGGGCCGUCGAGGCGAUUUAACGUUGGUGGUACUUUCGGGGUUCGUGCGCGAACUCGUACUCGCUCACGGUUAUCACAUUCACGCCUGUUAUUGAGUUGAGAUAUAGCUUGUUGUUUGUUUUCAUUGUUUGAUACGCCAUGCUGUUUGAGCCUUUCCAAUAUAUAAUUUUA